UCUUCCUCUACCCCUCCAGCAUGGACCCCGCCGGCUUCAGCCUCUACAAAGGCCCUCUGAGGGGCCCCGGCCCCGGGCUCCUGCCCUACCUGACCCCCUUCCACCACCACGGACACUUCAGCGUCUACGAGUGUCCCUUCGAGCCGGCGUUCAUCCAGAAACGGAACGAGAGGGAGCGUCAGAGGGUCAAGUGUGUGAACCAGGGCUACGCCAAACUGAGGGACCACCUGCCGGGUCACAGCGCCGACAAACGGCUCAGCAAGGUGGAGACGCUGAGAGCCGCCAUCAGGUACAUCAAAUACCUGCAGGGACUGGUGGAGCUGGAGGACGGGAGGCACAGCGGGGGAGAGUCCCCCAACACCUCGUCUCCCGGACCGGACUGUGCAGGAGAGUCUGAGGGGCUCACAUGUUAAACACACACUCUGGGUUAGGGUUAGGGCAUCAUGUGGUAACAGCUGACAGGACCACAGUCCGCUUCAGGGGACACUCAGGAGUUCACGUGUCUGACCUGAACUGAGGAGGAAGUGACGAUGAUUCAGCU